GGAGGGAAUUGACUUCCGAGUUUUGAUGUCGCAUCAUACUCAUAGGCCAUAUAUUAUAGCUACUCGCAACUCGCAAGUCUUAAGUCUUAAAGAUUUUCAAUUUCCUGUUUUCCGUCUGUGUCUGCUGACGAAUAAUUUAAAUUUCUUUAUUAUUUUUCGAUCACACGGUUCGUCGUCUAUGCUCCGUCUUGUGACUUACGUCGUCUACGCGAUGGACUGUCUUAUGUAAAAGUCAGUCGAUUGAUAUUUUCAUUGUUUCUUUGUUAUUUUUUUUAAUUUCGUCUGAUAAGUGACGGACGGCGGACAAUUCAACGUCGAACACCACUUGACAUGGAAAGUCUAUGCAACUACGCCAGUGACGACGACAACAGUCCGACUAGUCCGAGUCCCCGGAGGGAAGUCGCUGUACGUGUUUAAUGUUAUCAGCAGCUGAUUGCGUCUAAUUGGGAAGACUACUAAACAUUGAACUAAACUUACCAGAACUAAUGGAAUGGAAGCUGAUGCAAAUUAUGAACAAGUUACCAUGGAUAUGAGUGAGCAGGAAUCAAACCAUAGCUCAACCAAAUCACCUCCACUUAAAAGUCAAACUUCACCUUCCAGUUCAGCAUCAUCCCCUACUUCUGUAUCGCAAACUUCGAGAUCACGUCAUACCAGCAAACAUGGAAAUCAUAGUGAUACAAAAACAAAUAGUUCCGAUGAAGAAAAAAAAAGUCAUAUCCGUCAUCGAAGAAAUAAAUCAAGGGAUCGUCAUAGUAAAAAACAUUCUCGUCGGUCAAGGAGUCGCAGUAGCGGUAGAAAACGUUCUCGUCGAUCUCGUAGUCAUAGUCGUAACAAAAAACGAUCGCGUCGCUCACGCAGUCGAAGUGAAAGAAAUGGUAAAAGCAGGAGAUCGAGUCCUCAUUCUAGACAUGAAACAAAGAAUCACAAUAAACACAGUCGGUCUAAAAGUAAAGAAAAGUAUACAUCAUCACAUAAUUAUUUCUUAGAGAAGAAGGCUAACAAUAAACGGCAAAUUUUAGAUAAAUUGGGAAUUGAAUUGAAAGUUCCCUCAAUUGGAAAUUCUGUACUACCAUCAACCACAGUAGUCACCCCUCAGCUAUUGCUACAAAAAUCUAUGGAAGCACAAGUUGAAAAAGUGAAAGAACAAACAGGCAUAGAGUUACCAUCUUAUUACAAUCCAGUAGCUGUAAACCCUAACAAAUACGCUGAACAGAUUCAAAAACGAAAACUUUUAUGGGGAAAUAAACAAAACAAUGAGGUUGUUAAACAAAUUGAAGAGACUAAACCACCUGUAAUAACUAAUAACAAGACUGCAACCAUUUGGCAGUCCACAAAAUUUGGGGAUCAGGAUGGCAAAGUUACUGCCAAGUUCAAAAGGCUAAUGGGCAUCAAAGAUCCGAUAGGUGUUGAUAAUCAAACAUCUCAACAAGGACAAUCAAAAGACAUUAUUAAAAAACAAGAAGAAAUGUUUAACUCAAUGGAAAGUCAAUAUGAAGUUGCUCGCAUGGCAACACAUACUCACCGAGGGCUGGGUCUUGGUUUUGGUACAUUUCAACAGCGGUAGAUCUUAUCUUUAAACAUUUAAAUAAAUAUUGUACAUUGAAACCACACUAUUAGUAUUUAAUUUUAGAUUUCUUAAUCUGGAAUCUUUUGUAUAUUUUACACUUAUCAUAUUUAUGUUUUAUUUAAAUACAUAACGUAAUUUUGUUGUUGAUAUUAUAUAAGCCUUUUUAAAUUCAUUAUAGUUCCCUAUGAGACCA